AGGAGCCCGAGGCGAAAAAGUAGCUGUCAAAUGCGCGGCUCCUUUAAGCGGAGCCCUCAGUCCGGCUCGGAGAGUCAUGGCGACCACAGCGUCUAACCACUACAGCCUGCUUACCUCCAGCUCGCCCAUGGUGCACGCCGAGCCGCCGGGGAGCAUGCAGCCCGGCGCCGGCUACAGAGACGCCCAGGCGCUGGUGCAGGCGGACUACGCGCUGCAGACUAACGGGCAUCCGCUCAGCCACGCUCACCAGUGGAUCACGGCGCUGUCCCACGGCGGCGGUGGCGGCGGCGGCGGCGGGGGAGGCGGCGGCGGCGGCGGCGGGGGAGGCAACGGCGGGGACUCGCCGUGGUCCCCCAGCCCGCUGGGCCAGCAGGACAUCAAGCCCUCGGUGGUGCAGGCCGGCAGUCGGGGCGACGAGCUCCAGCAGCAGCAGCAGCAGCAUCACCAGCAGUCGCAGCAGCAGCAGCAGCAAGGCAGACCCCCGCACUUGGUCCACCACGCCGGGAGCCACCACGCCGCCGUGGCCGCGGCCGUGGCUUGGAGGACCGGCGGCGCGGCUCACCUGCCGCCCGGCAUGGCUGCGGCCAACGGCGGCGGCCAAGGCGGGCUGCUCUACUCUCAGCCGCCGGGCUUCACGGUCAACGGGAUGCUGGGCUCCGGCCAGCCGGGCAUGCACCAUCACAGCCUGCGGGAUGCCCACGAGGAGCCCCCGCCGCCUCCGCAGCAGCCCCCGCCGCCGCCCCCUCACCACCCGGACCACCUCUCGCAGCAGCAGCAGCAGCAGCAGCCCCAGCACCCGCACCACCACCCGCACGGGGGCCCCCCGCCGCCCCCCCACCACCCCCACCACCACCAAGAGGCGCACUCGGACGAGGACACGCCGACCUCGGACGACCUGGAGCAGUUCGCCAAGCAGUUCAAGCAGCGGCGGAUCAAACUGGGAUUUACCCAAGCGGACGUGGGCUUGGCCCUGGGCACCCUCUACGGCAACGUCUUCUCGCAGACCACCAUCUGCAGGUUCGAGGCGCUGCAGCUGAGCUUCAAGAACAUGUGCAAGUUGAAGCCUUUGUUAAACAAGUGGCUGGAGGAGGCGGACUCCUCGUCCGGCAGCCCCACCAGCAUAGACAAGAUCGCGGCGCAGGGGCGCAAGCGGAAAAAGCGCACCUCCAUCGAGGUGAGCGUCAAGGGCGCCCUCGAGAGCCAUUUCCUCAAGUGCCCCAAGCCCUCCGCCCAGGAGAUCACCUCGCUGGCGGACAGCCUCCAGCUCGAGAAGGAGGUGGUCCGCGUGUGGUUUUGUAACAGGAGACAGAAAGAGAAACGCAUGACUCCCCCGGGAGGGGCUCUGCCGGGAGCCGAGGACGUGUAUGGGGCCAGCAGGGACACGCCGCCGCCGCACCAUGGGGUACAGACUCCUGUGCAGUGAAC